AUGGACAAACACAAUCUAACAGUGCUGAAUGAAUUCAUUCUGACGGGAAUCACAGACCGCCCAGAGCUGCAGGCUCCAUUGUUCGCGCUGUUCCUUAUCAUCUACAUGAUCUCAAUGGUGGGCAACUUGGGCAUCAUCAUCCUCACCAAGAUAGACUCUACUCUACAAACACCCAUGUACUUUUUUCUCAGAUACAUGGCUGUCACUGAUCUUGGUUAUUCAACAACUGAGGGACCUAAAAUGCUAGUCUAUUUUUUUGUGGAUGAAAAUACAAUCUCCUAUUAUUUUUGUGCUACACGGCUAGCUUUCUUUGUCUUGUUCAUAAAUAGUGAACUAUUUAUUCUGUCAGCAAUGUCCUACGAUCACUAUGUGGCCAUCUGUAACCUUCUUCUCUACACAGUCAUCAUGUCACAAAGGUUGUGCCUGGUGCUGGUGGCAAUCCUCUAUAUUUAUUGCAUGUUUGUUUCACUUCUCAUCACCAUAAAGAUUUUUAACUUAUCCUUCUGUGGCUACAACGUAAUCAGUCAUUUCUACUGUGACAUUAACCCCUUAUUAUAUUUGCUCUGCUCAAGCACACGUGAAAUUCAAUUGGUCAUUCUCAUCUUAAAAAAAAAGAAUUCUCAUCUUAGCCUCUAUUAA